AUGCAAAGCGGAACGGCCGACGCCGACGAUGACAGUCCGAGGAGGAAGAUUUCGGUCGACUUCACCAGGCUCAAGAACUUCCCAUCGGCGCUGUCGCUCCGCAAGCAAGAACCGGAUACGCCGCCGCGCUCCGACGCAAUCCCAUCCAGCGGUACCUUUUCUCGUCUCAGAGCGUUCAGCCAGUCGCAACGUCCGUCGCGCAGCUCGAUGGGCUCAGAAAACAACGAUGCUUCCACCGAGUCCAGAUCCACCAGGAGAACGUCGCGCCUGCUCGAUGCAUUCAAACCUUCCAAAAAACCCACCCCCUCCUUCGAGGUGAUUCGCAAGCCCGGCAACCGCAGCACUUCUUCCUUUCAUCCAUCGUCCCAUCAGCCGUCUCCCAACACGGAAGUUUCGGAUCCCACAAACCGUGCCGAUGUCCAGCCUGCUCCUAGGAUAUCCUUGUCUGCGCCUCGCUCCGAGUCGUCUCGCUAUGUUGCUGCCGCUGAUGCUCCUCAGCCAGCUCACAACGGCCUCGCCGCUCGCUCGCCAUACCCGCCAGCUACCACAACCACCCGCAAGUCUAGCAGCACCCACCCCAUCUCAGCCAACACCCGUAAACCCUCGGACCCCUACCUCAACCUCGGCUCGGCUUCCAACUCUCGCGCACAGUCGCCUUCGCUAAAUCCGAACACCGAUGGUGCCAACGGAAGCUUCAGCUUGCACUCCUUUCGCAACAUUCGCUCGUCAAGCGAUGUGUCGACGGCCGACGAGUUUGGCGUACAAUCUCAUUCCAGAGUGCAGAGCAUGAUCUCGGUCGACGAGUACCUCACACCUGGCGAAGAGCUGCCAGAGCCCCGCUAUCCCGACUCGCAGGAUGCCAUCAGAGCCCAGUCCACCAGCCCGGCGCCCAGCGCAAAGCCAGCCAGCAUCUCGGCCGCCAAGUUCCGUCAAGCGUCGAGGCAACGUAGCGAAAGCGGCAACAUUCCCACCAUGGAUACCAUCCAGGCUGGCUCCGGCUUUGUCAGACCGCCUAGGUCCAGGACCCCUUCGCAAGACCUGGCCGCCAUGGAAGCCCUGCUCGCCAAGACGCAUCCGAGCACGAAAGGUUCCUCUGACGCAGAUCGACGCAAGAGCACAGAUCUUGCUCAACUCAAAACGACAGCAGACAUCCUGCCCGCAUCGAGCGUCAACGGAGACACGCAGCGCCGCAAACGAGGCGUGUUCAUCGUCGUCGAGGGUCUCGAUCGAGCUGGAAAGAGUACGCAGGUCGAGAGGCUUGCCGAGCACCUGCAGGCAAAAUCCAUCAAAUUCCCAGAAAGAACCACGGCCAUCGGUCAGAUGAUCAACUCCUACCUCGCCCAGACCAGCGAGCUUGACGACCAGGCCAUCCAUCUGCUCUUCUCUGCCAACCGGUGGGAGUGCGUCGCCUCCAUCAACAGAACGCUCGACGCGGGCGAGAGCAUCGUCUGCGAUCGUUACGCUUUCUCGGGUAUCGCCUACUCGGUCGCCAAAGGCCUUUCGUACGACUGGUGCCGCAAUCCGGAUGUGGGUCUGCCUUUGCCGGACCUCACCAUGUUCCUCGACCUUGAUGCACAAACAGCGGCGGCAAGAGGCGGUUACGGCGAGGAAAGGUACGAGAAGCUCGAGUUUCAGGCAAAGGUGCGCGAGGCUUUCAGUCGCGUUUCGCAGGAUGUCAAAUCGCACGGAGGCAGGUGGGUUACCAUCGACGCGAGCAAGACGCUCGACGAGGUCACCGACGACGUUCAGAAAGCGGUUCAGAGGGUUACGUCGUCCAUCGAUCGAGUUGGAGUCAAGCUCGGGAAGCUCUUCGUUUCGGAACGUCCGCCCAACGUGCGUGCUGGUUCAAGCAACGAGCUGCUUCCGCCGACAGUGAUUCCGAAUAUCAAACGGUCUUCCAUGUCAUCGCAAGAUUCGGGAAGGAAAAGGCUGUCGCUGGAUCUGCCUCGUAUGGCGCACACCAACGGAACCUUUCCUGCUGCGCGACCAUCAGGGUCACCCCUCACAUAUACCGAACAGCUUGCCGCGGUCCGAGCCGCUGCUGCCGGAACCCUGUCGGGUUUCUUUGGCGGCUCGAGCACCACUGUUGACCAGCAGACGCCGUCUACGCAUGCAUCAGACAAGCAAUUGCCCGAGGCAGACGGACCUUCGCCGGUCAACGCGACUCGCGGACAGGGUUUUGAUUCGGCUCGGGUGCUGGCAAGCCGUCCAGAUGCAUCCGGUAGACGACGCACCUUGAUCGACGUGAUCGGAGAGCUCGAAGGUCAGACGCAUCAACCUUCAGCGCCGUUGACGGAGCAUCGUCGGUCCAUCUCUGCUUCUGCUGAGCCUACGUCGCCGACAUUGCAGUCGAAUGGCGAGGGCUUUCCCAGCACAUUUGCGCAAGCUGCCAGGGUGCGACGCAGCACCGAUCAGGGACGCGUGCCUCAGCUGCCGACGAUUGCGAGCAGCGCGGCCGCACCCAGCGCGGGGCCAAGGAGAUCUUCCUUGACAGUUCAGCCUGGUGCGGGUGGCGAUAGCGCAGCCGGUCCGGUGACGACGACAGCUGCCACCUCUUCUCGAGGCACCGCGGCCCAGGUUGAGAGACCUGCAGUCUCGCCAUCGGGCAUCCGAGCUUCCUCCUCGUCCUCUGUCGGAAACGCAGUCAAUGCCGAUAGCACUCUCAUUCAACCACAAUCCUCAGCCUCUGCUCCGCGUGCCUCAACGCUAUCGCCGGCAGCACGUGCCGCCUCGCCAGCCAUCACCACAUCUUCACGCAGCUCUCUUGCCAGUCCGCCGCUCCCCACCUCGCCCGUUCACAGACCGGCCAGCGUGACCCCUGCCGACCACACCUACGCUGCUCCGGACGCAGGGCUGCUGAGCUCGCACCACCUUUCGCAGUUCAACACGCAACAGACGCAGGCAGAGAUGCAGGAGCAGUAUAUGCGCAACUACAUGGCCAUGAUGGCCAACCCGAUGAUGGCGCAGCAGGCGCAGUACCAGCUGAUGCUGCAGCGGCAUCAGCAGCAGUACUAUGGGAGGGCGGCUAGUGCGAUCGGUGGAGUGGGAGCGGGAGCGAAUGGUGUUGGGCAGACGGGGAGUGGAGGAGGGCCACCGUUGGCGGCGUUCAUGCAGCCGAUGGCGAUGCGCUCGACGGAUGCGGUGGGUGGAGGGGAGAGGGAGAAGGGGGUCGGACAUGCGAGGACCCAGAGUUCGGGUUCGUUGAACGGAGCAGCGAUGAGCAGCAACGGUCAGCAACCUAUGUUGUCGAUGAUGAUGGCAGCACCACCGCCGGUGAGCGAGACAAAGGGGUAUUCAGCGGCAGUGGGGGGUCAGCAGGGGGGUGGGUUUUAUGGUCAACCGAUGUUUUAUCCCAAUGGAGCAUUCCCGGGCAUGGGGUGGAGUCAGCAACAGCAACAGCAGCAGCAGCAGGCAGCGAUGAUGGCAGCUGGGUACGGCAGACCGAUGUAUACCUCGACGAGGUCGGAGAUCGCUUCGCCGACGACGUUGAGGUCCCAGAGGAGCAGCGAUAAGGGGUUCCGCGGUCAGCAGCAGUAG